AUGUCAGACUCCACGCUUCCGCUGCUCUGCAUCUUCGGGCUCCUCGCGCUGUCGUCCGCCUGCUACAUUCAGAACUGUCCGCGAGGGGGGAAGCGCUCUUUCCCGGACCCCGGGACCACAAGACAGUGCAUGGCGUGUGGUCCGGGGGACAGGGGCCGCUGCUUUGGCCCUAGUAUCUGCUGCGGAGAGGAGCUGGGCUGCUACGUGGGCUCUCCGGAGACUACGCACUGCGUGGAGGAGAACUACUUACCGUCCCCCUGUGAAGCCGGAGGAAAACCCUGCGGAUCCGAUGCAGGACGCUGUGCCGCGCCGGGAGUUUGCUGUGACUCAGAGAGCUGUGUGCUGGACCCGGACUGUUUGGAGGACAGCAAACGCCAGCCGCCAGCGGAACAGAACAUCACCCUCAUGGGCAGCUCACCUGGAGAACUUCUAUUGCGAGUGCUCCACAUGGCCAGCAGGGGGCGAAGUCAGUAAUGACUGUCCCACACUGACAGGCAUUCACGGACACACGCACGGCAAACGCAGGGCCUCCAUGUGUACUCAAAACU